AUGACUCAUCUAUUAAAGUUAUCAAAUCUAAUAUUAUUAAAUAUCAUAACAGAGAUUGAUAAUAAUGGAGAUAUAGUAUGUUUGUUGUUAACUUGUAAACAGUUGUAUCAAAAUAGUAGUUUAAGAAAAUCGAUUCAGUUUAAAGGUAUAAGAGUUAUCAACGACAAUGGAGAAUUAUCACAACAGUUUGUAGAUACAGCUACUAGAUUCAACCUCUUCUCUUUUAAUGAUAUAUUAAAGAAUAGUGUGUCUGAUCAACAGAUCAUACUACCAGACAAAGAAAAAUACAAUUACGAUCAUCAAUGGAUACAAGAUCGUAUCUCUACUGUAAAUAGAGCUGAUAAGAGUAACAUUAAAACUGCUUUAGUGAUGUAUUCACCAAAACUAAAGGAUCUACAAAAGUCACUCUAUGACAUACCAUCAAUCGAGACACUAUUCAUUGACGAUGACGAACCUAAACUAAUAAAGGCAAUGGAUCUUGGUUCCAUCUCUCUGUUGCCCAAUCUUCAACGACUUGUAGUUGAUUCAUACAAGUUGAAUCUUGGUCCACACACAACACUCAAGUCACUUGAACUACAUAUCGAUACCAAAUACCCACUCGUAGACUUGGGUCUCAUCAAAUUGGUAUCGUUGACAAAGCUGAUCUUUAACAAUCAUUUUGUGACUGAUAUAGGACCUGGUUUAUUGCCAAGUAGUCUUACAUCACUCAUUCUUAGACCAAAGGAAAUACCACCACGUAAUACAUUCCUUUCAUUGACAUCGUUGGUCAAUCUCGAGAUCUAUCUUGAAAGUCGAGUAAAAUACGAGGGAGUGCAAGACCACCCAUUCAUCGAUCUCUCAAGCCUAUCAAACCUCAAUACACUCUUGUUUGAAUAUAGAAAUGAUCCAAUAGAGACUAUUGGACACCGUAUCGAGAUGAGUGUACCUACUUCAAUCAAGAUUCUUAAACUCUAUUCCAAUUCGAUUCAAAUCCCAUCAAAAUGUUCAAUGCCAAAGUUGGACAAAUUAUAUGUUCAUGGAAGUGUAUUAAUUUCUGGCAGUGUCAGUCUAUUGACAUCACCAUCUCUAAAGAAACUAGUUAUGGAUAAUUGUCAAGAAAUGAUUCCACCAAAUAUCAUCCCAUCGACUGUUGAAAGGUUGAUAAUCAAUAAUUACACAGCAGGAUUAAAUAUAGUUAAACAUGUUGUAUUCCCACCAUUCCUCACUCAUCUAGCCGUCACUGGAAACUACGAGACUAUUAAACACCCUCCAUCACUCGUCAAACUAAGAUACAUGCUCACUGAAGAACAAUCACUUCCUCAACAUUUAAAACAAGUGUCUUGGGAGGUAAGUGAUGCGGUCGAGUUUUUACCAACCUCUUUUCCACCCAAUCUAGAAAGACUUGGUAUCUUUGAUUUCCAAGGAUACUUUCAAAUGGAUAUACCAUCAACCAUCAAAUAUUUAACUAUAUUCUUGACACCUGACCCAGAAUCUAAGAAACAGCCAUGGCUCAACAAUCCACUCUAUUCUAUCAACACUAGUUUAACAGAUAUGGCCAUCUCCCAACCACAAUGGCUACCACACAACACCACUCAUCUAACUUGUCAUGUUGGUGGUGGUGGUGGUGAUGAUGUAGACCCAAGAGAAUAUGGUACACACCAAGUCUUUAGAUUAGAUGAAGUAAUCAACCACACCAAUGUUAGAUAUUUAUCUCUUCGUACAACUGAAAUAACCCUUCAAUUUACAAUUCAAAGAUUGGAUAACAACAAUAGAAAUGUAUUAGUUUUGGAAACACAAACACUAACAGGUGGAAUAAUCAGCAAUAAUCGACAACAAUAUGAUCCAAUUUAUUUACAUUUAAAUAUUGAUGAUUCUAAUCCAUUUGAUUAUAAAUGGUGUUUUGAUAUGUAA